AUGGUCGACGAUGGAGAAGAAUCGCUUACUUAUUUUGUGGACGAUGUGCAAGGUUCGGAAAAUAUGCUGAAUGUGAUGCAUACGGUUCGAGAGGAACAAUCAAAACCGACCAGAAUAAUGCCGUUGUUAAUGGAACCACAACCGACAGGGAACGCAGGUUUUGAUGAAAGCAUGACGAACCUGAACAGAAGGAUAAAUGCACUUCUCGCCCAAAUAAAACAGACGAUGGAUCCAUCGAGGAGAACCAUACUGAUGGCUCAAGUACGAACCCUGCAAGGGCAGCUUGUGAGAGGUGUGCCUCAGACAACGGCAACACAGUUUAUGCAGGCUGUGGAACCAGAAUUUGAUGGAGAGGAGGACGAAGAGGAAGAGCGAUUCGAAGCGGUUGAGCACGACGAUACGGUAUGUCUUGAAGUGGAGGUGGAAAGCUCAGAAGCGCCUCACAGAGAGCAGCGGAAGUCUAUCGAAGAGCAUUAUGAAGAAGAUUUAUCGGCUGUGACUUUCGAAGGAGAACCAUAUGAAGAGGUGGUGUCAGCGGGUUAUGAAGAUUCGGCCGAUCUGUCAUACCAUUCGUAG